CUCUGGAUCAAAUUAGGGCACAGAGACCACUUGGAGACAGAAACCAUGGGAAGAAAAAAACUAGAAAUCAAGCGAAUUGAGAACAAAAGUAGCCGACAAGUCACCUUCUCCAAACGACGCAGCGGUCUCAUUGAGAAAGCUCGUCAGCUUUCUGUUCUCUGCGAUGCAUCCGUCGCGCUUCUCGUUGUCUCCUCCUCCGGCAAGCUCUACAGCUUCUCCGCCGGUGAUAACCUGGUCAGGAUCCUUGAUCGAUAUGGAAAACAGCAUGCUGAUGAUCUUAAAGCCCUGAAUCUUCAGUCAAAAGCUCUGAGCUAUGGUUCACACAAUGAGUUACUUGAACUUGUGGAUAGCAAGCUUGUGGAAUCAAAUGUCGGUGGUGUAAGCGUGGACACCCUCGUUCAGCUGGAGGGUGUCCUUGAAAAUGCCCUCUCUCUAACUAGAGCUAGGAAGACAGAACUAAUGUUGAAGCUUGUUGAUAGCCUCAAAGAAAAGGAGAAGCUGCUGAAAGAAGAGAAUCAGGCUUUGGCUGGCCAGAAGGAGAAGAAGAAUCUUGCGGGAGCCGAAGCUGAUAAUAUGGAGAUGUCACCUGGACAAAUCUCCGACAUCAAUCUUCCGGUAACUCUCCCACUGCUUAAUUAGCCACCGUUAGACGGGGCUGAUCAAAUUAAAAAAUCCAAAACAUACAACUAAAUAAAUAAGCUUUGUUGUUUUUCACCCUUGAAGGGUGCACGUUGUAUAUCUCAAUACUCCCUUGGCUGAGAGAUUGUGUGUUUACUCCUAUGUUAGAUAUAAUGAGUAAAAUAAAAAUAAAAAGAUCUUUGUACC